AUCAACGAUUUCUCCUCACUCGGGUUGAUGGUUAUCUAAAGUCAACAACAAUAUCUCAGCGUUUUUGUUGCAUUUUUUUUUAAAUAACAAACAUAGCCAUUCUUGGAUAUUUCCCAGUGUAAACAGAUGGAAAGACACAGGUUUAUGUAUUUACAGUAUUCCGAAACGGACCUACAUUACAGAUAAACCUACAUCAAGGCGACGGAAUACGCACUUUCGGCGCGGCUGGGGUCAAGUUGACGGGCUUCAAGAACCCAUCUCAACCACACUUGAAGAGUUAUAAAUGUAUCACUGCUCUGUUUGUUCUAACUUUUCAAAAUUGGUGUCAUACUAAGGACAGCCUUUAUGGGAAAAGACCCGCCCUUUUCGGACUGAUAAAACUUGAACAUAACGUUGGAUGCUGAAAUAUCCUAUAUGAAUGUAAUCUAAAUACGUCACGUCAUGUGGAGACAGACGGGGAAGUACCAGCGCCCUGCCACUGCCCCAGGGGGACAGGGAAAUGACGAACGGGAGGGCCUGGUGACUCUGGAGGAUAUAUUCAAUUUCAAAGUGCAAGUUAAUAUCCACAGAAAACCUGACAUAGCGGAGAUGAUUGAGAAACAGCAGCAUAAAGAAUGGGUGCAAGAUGUCGGGGAGUUACUGCGAGGGAAGAGACGCGGCAGUUUACAACUCGGGAAUGAAGCAGACGACAUUGCUAGCCAGCACUACCCCCUCCAGCAAGACGGGCUGGACCCCAGCCCAGACCUGAACGAAGACCAGUGUCAGAGGUCGAAGAGAUACAAAGUGAAGUUUGCUCUUGGUGACGACGAGGAGGACGAGGACAAAGUGCCUGUUCCAGUGAAUAAGUUGGAGUUAGAUCCAGCAAACUUAAAACUGACUCAGUCAGAGUACCGGAGACUAUCGGAACAAGUUGGAGGCAGCAACGGCGCUGAAGACAAAUUCAGAGGAGUCGGAUUUAAGCGUUUUUACUGCAAUUCCUACGGUGAAAAUGUGCCGCUUGUCUACCGUAGCCAGCUAGCUGCCAGCCUCAAAGCAUUUAAGAACAAGAAGUGGGUGCCGUACCAGCGCGAGGACCCUCGAGACGCCCCGUACUUGCGAUGUCGCCCAGUUAGUUAUGUCGUGGAGACGGCAGUGGAGGCUGACGGUGUGGUAGACUGCCAUAAACAGCCACCGAAAGGUUGCUCACGUGUUCCUUCUCCCGUGAAAAGGCGGUCAUUCCGCGAAGCACAACUUUUGUUUGAUAAUCUGCCGAUCACAAAGUCUCUUCACGCCGAUAGACAGGAUGACGCCAUGGAAACUGAUCACAUGACACUAAAUGCUGUACGACCAGCGUCUCGUUUCCAAAAAACUCAGGGACUCAGGGCGAGAAGACGCGCUCAGUCAGCGCCACUUACGAUCUCACAGUCAGUUCAGCACAUGGGGGAAACCUCCACCAACGCUUACGAUAGACUUACUCCGAAUGUUAUGUACGAACUAGGAAACGAAACUGCCAAAAGAUCUCCUCCAUUUUAUGGAGAAAAAUCAUUCCAAGUUUUAGGCGUUGGCGGGUCAAAGAUUAAAGAUAUGAAAGACCCGGAUGAUACUAGCGGCAUUGACACCAGUGGACGCGACAGCGACAUCUCGGACGACGAACGGAUAAAAGAACCGGACGUCGAUAAAAGCCGAAAAGCACCGACCAUGAAUCUUCGGCCCGAACAUUUAGACUCUGUUUACGAACCCGACGGAAGGCGAGAUAUUAGUAAAUUUGAUUUUGACGCUGACAACGUGGAUAUUCCUGUUUACGACUUCAAGUACCCGCUUACUGGUGGGUUUGAGAAAAUGGAUUGGAGGGAUCUGGUAGAGACAAUGAUAUUUCGGGAAGAAGGUUCGGAUGACAAGCUCGACUGGAGGGACAUGACGAAAAAACGACCGACUCAUAAAUACGAAGAAAAUAUGGUAGACCGUCUCAUUGAAAUGGAACGCCAUCAAAUCGACACGGAGGACUGGGAGGAAGAGAAAAGGGAGAGAAAUCAAAGGAACGCGUCCCAGCUCACCAGACAGAGGAAUAGCGUUACGAACCUUACACGAGGGAUGUCGUCCGUACAACGCGUACAAUCUGCGAAGGCGCGAGAUCGACGCUGUGUUAUGGACUGUGUGCAGCCGGCAUGUGUCGGAGAUUGCUUGACAAAGCGCAACGCCAUGGAUGUGUGCAUUAGUUGCCGGCAGAAGGACUGUGACGGGCAGUGUGCUAACAGUCUGUACGAGUCGCACAGCCGGUCGAGCGGCCAAUUGGGCAACGGAGAGAAACCGUCUCUUUCUCAACGACCGAAAUCUUGCAACCCGUGCAGCAGGCCAAACACGGCAAAAUACAUCAACGCAAACAACGUCGUCCUUGGUCGACCGAAGUCUGGCAACGCCACCUAUAGUCGGGGGCAGGCGUCUCUUCGACCAAAGGAUUUAAGACCGCAGACGCCCAUUAGCGCCUCGUUAGUUGGGGAAUUUAACAAACUCGGUAUCGACCCCAAUUUACCCCCUCCACGACCAAGCACGGGAAAGAGAAGACCACGAGGCAGAAACGCUAUUAUCCCAGGGAAGACUUAUUUCUCACAGAGGAGAGAUUCAUUAACGGAAAACGGUCCAUCUGGGAGGGUUAGGUCGGCUGGGCAACGCAGGACUGUGAUCAAACUUAAACCCACCAGAAUAAGACCUAAAACGGCUGUUUAGGAGACAUUUAACAUAACAGUAGACAUGUAGUGAAAUCAUUGAGUUUUUAAAGCUGUUUCUGUCCACGUAGAGUGCAUGUCAACAAAAGAAACAAUUUUGCUUGAGAAAAUGAUUACAUGUAUUCAUAUUUAAAUGUUUUAAUUGUUUACUUAAAACAACAACAAAACAACAAGUUUAUGCUAAAAGCGCUAGAGUGAUAACAAGUAAAUAUUAGAGAGCGAAGUCCCACCACGUAAAUUCACUUGUUUUUUAAUGUUUUUGAUACAUGGCCGACGCUUUCCCACCCAAUCACUUCUUUGUAGUGCCAGCUCCUGUGCAUCACUGUGACGUCACUGAGGAUGAAGUGACGUCACCACGACUGUACUAUACUGCAACACGAAUCAACCCACCGUGUGACGUUACAAAAGAUGCUCCGUCAUCUAUGACUGAAUUCGAAGCAUUGGAUUUUUGAGUGAACUCAUAAUGUUUCUGUUCUGAUGUUGCCAAAUGUCAAUUGUUUCUCAUUUUCUAUAUUUGUGAUCUACGCACAUGCCAUUUAUAGCAACAUAUGCCGAAUGGCUGAUACCACAGCCAGAGUCAAUAAAAGAACAAACCUUUGUACUGAG